UGAACACAUGCUGUCUUUCUCCUGUUUUGAAGAAAUGGAAGAGUUGGCGGAGCACGGCGUGUUUCUGCCUCCUAACAUGCAAGGCCUGACGGACGAGCAGAUUGAGGAGCUGAAGCUCCGGGACGAGUGGGGCGAGAAGUGCGUGCCCAGCGGAGGCGCCGUGUUUAAAAAGGACGACGUCGGACGCAGGAACGGCCACGCUCCAAACGAAAAGAUGAAGGACGUCCUGAAGAAGACGAUAGAAGAAGCCAAAGCGAUGAUCUCCAAGAAACAAGUGGAAGCCGGUGUCUGCGUUACCAUGGAGAUGGUGAAGGACGCCUUGGACCCCCUGCGGGGGACAGUGAUGAUUGUGUCUCCCAUGGGCUUGCCUCCCUACGACCCCAUCCGGAUGGAGUUUGAAAAUAAGGAAGACUUGUCGGGAACUCAGGCCGCACUGAGCGUCAUUGCGGAGCCGGACGCGCAGCUGUGGUGGGCCGCCAAGGAGCUGCGGAGGACGAAGACGCUGUCGGACUACGUGGGCCGGAACGAGAAGACCAAGAUCAUCGUCAAGAUUCAGCAGAGGGGACAGGGCGCGCCCGCCCGGGAGCCGGUGAUCAGCAGCGAGGAGCAGAAGCAGCUGAUGCUGUUCUACCACCGCCGGCAGGAGGAGCUCAAGAAACUGGAGGAAAAUGAUGACGACUCGUGUUUGAACUCACCAUGGGCCAACAACACUGCUCUGAAAAGACAUUUUCAAGGCGUGAAGGACAUCAGGUGGAGACCAAGAUGAAGCUCCCCAGCGAUGAAGCUUCCAGAAGCCCAAGCUCACCUCUCUGUAGGCAAACAGUAACCAUAGUAACAGUGAUGACGGUGACUGGUCGCACAGCCCUCGUGAAAGACGUUGGAAUUUCCAGGUUUCCUAGUUUCUGAGUUUGAAUUUUUAUGAUAAAAUGUAUUAAAGGUCGUAGAACUUAAA